CAAAAGAAGACGCAAACGUUUCUGAAGAAUCGAAUAAUGAUGUGUGACAUAUCGAAUAUUAAAUAACGUGAAUUGUAUCGAAUAUUAAAUCACAUAAAUUAUUUUUUAAAUUAUGCCUUUGUGGUAAUUAGAUAUUUAUAAUCUAUGAAAGAAAUGUGAAUUUUUUUGCAAAAUUCUAAAACAGCAAAUCUCUAGUAGUGUAUGUAUGUUUCUCCAUAGGAACUGUAUUUUAGUCUUUUUGUUCCAUAGGAAAUACGAGGAAGACAGUGCUAUGAGACACAUCAUAUCAUUCACAUGUGAUGCUCCCUUUCUUGCAAGUCGCUUGUCUCAGCCGCAAAUAUUGAAUGCAACGGCACAAGAAAAGAGAGAGGAAGAGAGAGAGGGAGAGAAAGAGGGAGAAAAUGGGAAGGAAUUGCAAACUAGCGCAAAGACUAAAACUGAAAGCAGCGAAGUAGGAAAUGAUGCAGCGAAGUGUGGUGAUAGAUCAACGAAAGAGAAUGUAAAGAUGGAAGAAGAAAACGCUGAUGAAGAAAAGAGUGACAGUGUUACUGACUGUGGGCACAUGGAGAAAGAGGAGAGCAGAGAAAUUGCAAAGAAAGUCGAAUUCAUGACUUUGAAAGUCAAAGGUCAGAGCUUCAUGAUUCACCAGAUUCGGAAGAUGGUGGGUCUCGUUAUCGCCAUAGUGAGAGGGUUUGCCCCGGAGACGACGCUCGUUGAGGCUUUUCAAAAGGGGAAGGUUGAUAUUCCUAGAGCACCUGCAUUGGGACUACUUCUGGAGAAUGUGAGCCGUUCAUAUAUACUAUACCAACUUAAUCACUAUCAAAUUACUGGUGGAUCAUAGUACUAGCAGCUCAAGAUAGAUUUAAGUAUAUAAGAGCUAGCAUACGCAGAGUCUGACACGGGCUAGCUACAGUAGUAGAUAGCAUGCGGGAGUAGAUACACGCCCUUCGUUGUGACGUCUUGUGCGCGCAGAUCAAGCACAUCUUGUCGAGGUAAGCCCGUGCUAAUU